GAAGAAUCGUACCAUUUCUAGGAUAUCGCAGUCUUGCACACACUUAUGCUAACGUCGCGCCAAUCUUCCUCCAACCACCACCUCCUUCUUUAGAAGAGUAUUCUCUUAUAAAUUACCUGAAUCAAACAAUCUUUGGUGUUAUCACUGAUUCAGGAUUUUCAUUCUUUAAAACAACUUCUUUCACUCGUUCCUCUGGUUCCUUUUAAGAAAGAUUUUACUCAAGGACGCAAUAACUGUCUUAAUUACAACAUAGAAGUUCUUAAACCCCCUAUUCGAAAACUAAUAGACCAUGGCCGCCUCCACCUCUGCUAUAAAUCAAGAUCAAGAGUUAUCUCACCGUUUACAUGGAAAAGACGGUGAAACCAAGACCGGGCUUUCUGCUAUUGCUUCUAAAGAUAUCCAAGAACAAAAGAAGAAGCUCUCAGAAUACUUUCAGUUUUGGGAUAAGGGCUAUAAGGAUGAAUCCCAAGAUGACCGCGAUGUGCGUGUAAGUGACUAUAAGAAAUUGGUCAAUAACUACUAUGACUUGGCCACGGAUUUGUAUGAAUAUGGCUGGUGCCAAAGCUUCCAUUUCUCUCGUUUCUAUAAAGGAGAAGCUUUUGCCCAAAGUAUAGCACGCCAUGAGCAUUAUUUGGCUCAUCGUAUGGGAAUUACUCCGGAUUCUCGCGUCUUGGACGUGGGUUGUGGUGUUGGUGGUCCUGCCCGAGAGAUCACUGAAUUUACCGGAUGCAAUUUAGUGGGUCUAAAUAACAAUGAUUAUCAAAUCUCUCGUGCUGUUAAUUAUGCAAUUAAACGUAACCUUGACAAGAAACAAGUUUUCGUUAAGGGUGAUUUUAUGAAGAUGCCUUUUGAUGACAACACAUUCGAUUUUGUCUAUGCCAUUGAAGCAACCGUUCAUGCUCCAAGUUUGGAGGGAGUUUACAGUGAAAUCUACCGUGUUCUUAAGCCAGGUGGUGUUUUCGGUGUAUAUGAGUGGGUCAUGUCUGAUGACUAUGAUAGUACCAAUCCUGAACAUCGCAGAAUUGCUUAUAACAUCGAAAUUGGAGAUGGUAUUCCCCAAAUGGUACGUAAAUGCGACGCCUUGGAAGCAUUUAAGAAGUCCGGAUUUGAGAUUCUUGAACAACAGGACUUAGCCGAGAAUGACAAUCCUGAGUUACCUUGGUAUUAUCCUGUUACAGGUGACGUUACCAAAUGUCAAAAUGUAUGGGAUCUUAUAACUGUUUUCCGUACUAGCACUCUUGGUAAGUUUAUAACCCGCCAUAGUGUUAAGGUUUUGGAACGGUUAGGAAUGGUUAGCAAAGGUACUAGCGAGGUGAGUGAUACUCUUGCAAUCGCCCAAGAUGGUUUGAUCGAAGGUGGUAAAAAGAAGUUGUUUACUCCUAUGUAUUUAAUGAUCGGUAAGAAACCUGAAAAGGCUUAAGAAAUUUAAUUUUACUCCUCGAAGAAGGGGUGCGCUUGACACAUAAUCAUGAAAAGCUGUACACCCUUUACAUCAGUUUAUGUCGAAUAGAUCUGAUUAAUAUCCACUAUUAGUUGCUUUAUGCUUGCAUAGUUGUCAGUUUUUCUUUCAACGAAUAGUUUAGCAGUUUUUUAAUCAUAAACUUUGCAUCAUCACUUUAUAUUACUUGCUACUAUUUGAAUUUUAACAGAACA